AUGGCUACCAAUGGUGAGACCAAAGCGCCGUCGUCCGGCAGCUUAGUUGAUGCGUCCGGGUACAAGUUCUCCGAGAAAGACACCAAGCCCGGCAAGAUUAAGUUGAAGAAGUCGGUUAAGUUAGGCAAGAAGAAAGGUGAUGAUGCGCCCGAUUCCCCCGGUUCAUCACCUAUUCUCCCUGAGAUCGACGAAAAGACUAUGGCCGCUUUCCCUACGGGCAAACCACGAGAAGAGGAUCACUUAGAAACAGUCAUAUGUAAGACUUGCAAGAGGCCGGUCCUCAAACAGAAUGCUGUGGAGCAUAUUCGGGGCUGUAUUCGGGCGAAGCAGGAGAAGGCGAGGCGAAAGAAGGAGGCGCGCGAUGCGGCUAACCGGGCCAAGGCCGGUGAUAAGGACGGUGACGAGGAUGCUGCUGGCGGCGAUGGUGAUGAUUCCAUGAAGGGUCAGAAGAGUGCUAAGAAGAGCGCCGUUAAGGGAAUGGCGGAGGAUGGAACGAAGAAAGGGAAGAAGCGCAAGACGGAGGGAGAAGACGAUAAGGAUAAGGAGCCUAAGAAGAAGAAGAAAAAGGAGGAGCCCAAGCCCAAGGUUCCGAAGCCGAAGGGGCCCGUUGAUGUUGAGAAGCAGUGCGGUGUUACUCUGCCGAAUGGUGCCCAGUGUGCGAGGUCUUUGACUUGUAAGAGUCAUUCCAUGGGCGCGAAGCGAGCAGUCCCUGGUCGUUCAUUGCCGUACGAUAUGUUGCUUCAGGCUUAUCAGAAGAAGAACCAGGCUCGCCAGCAAAAGGCCGCAAUCGAUGCCAAUGCUCCUCUGCAGGACGAUAUGGAUAACAAUGGUCCUGUCGACUCGGAUGAAGAAAAAGAUGCUGUUAUGGCAGCUAUUACUCGCUCUCACCCGCAGCCCGUCAUCACUCAUACUCUGAUCUCGACUAAGAAAAAAUAUCAAUAUGUCCGCAUUAAAGAGAUGCUAUCCCACGCCCUAGGCGGUGCGCGCGGUGGCGGACUCUUUUCAACCGGCGAUAGCAAUACCACCUCCAAUGACGGAAACCUCUUCGCUCCUAUGGACGACGUGGUCAUGACUUCUCCGGUCAUUACCAGCGCAGAUAACACAGCAGAUGUGGACAGUGCAACUCCAGCACCAGCAGAGCCUGAACUAGCAGACCAAUUUCGCCGCGAAGUCGCGACUCUCCUCGGCCGCAACAACCUCAACUUUCCCGGCGCACAGCCCGUCAGUUUCUCCAGCAAGCAUCUCCUCGAGCUCCAACGGCAAGACUACUAUGUCUGCGAGAAAACAGAUGGCAUCCGCUGUCUGAUGUACUUUGCCCGUGGCGAUCCAGACUCAGAGACACCCGAAAUCCACUAUCUAAUUGACCGCAAGAACGACUACCGCUACGUGCCGGGCUUGCAUUUCCCUCUCCCCAAUGAUGAAAGUUUCCAGUCUUACCACGUCGACACCCUGGUUGACGGCGAGUUGGUGAAUGAUACAUAUGAGGAUGGAACCCAACAGCUCAAAUACCUCGUUUUCGACUGUCUGGUCCUGGACGGACAGAGCCUGAUGCAUCGCACGCUGGAUAAACGACUUGCGUAUUUCAAGGAGAAGGUCCUCAAGCCAUAUAAUGCUCUCUACCACCGCUUUCCCGAGGAGAAACAACAUCGCGUCUUCGCGGUUGAAGACAAAUCUACCCAGUUCAGCUACGGUAUCGAGAUGAUGUUCCGAGAGAUCAUUCCCAAGGUCAAGAAAAUUCACGGUAAUGACGGUCUCAUCUUUACCUGUCGCAGUACACCCUACCGCAUCGGAACGGACGAACACAUUCUCAAAUGGAAGCCUCCGGCCGAGAAUACUAUUGAUUUCCGCAUGCGCUUGGAGUUUCCUGUCCUGGAACCUGACACAGAUGACGAGGCGGAUGGUAUUUCCGAGCCGUAUACGGAUUACGACGCUAUGCCUAUCUUUCAUCUAUUUGUGAUGCUUAAUUCCAACGAGUACCGGCACUUCGCGGAGAUGUUUGUCACCCCAUCCGAAUGGGAAGAGCUUAAGGCUCUGGGGCUGCCCCUUGAUGAUAGCAUCGUUGAGUGUUCUAAGGAUGAACACAAUCGAUGGCGCUAUCAUCGUCUCCGAGACGAUAAGGCUGACGCGAAUCAUAUCUCUACCGUUGAGAAAGUCCUUGAGAGCAUUCAGGACCGUGUGACGGAGGAAGAUCUCAUCCAGGCUGCGCCGGCGAUCAAGGCAUCAUGGAAGAAGCGCCAGGCUCAGAUGGCCUCGGAGGACGAAGAGCGGAAACGAAGGGCAAGACAGGCACCGCCACAUGCAAACGGAAACGGAGUGAAACGGAAAUUCGAGGAUUCAUAG